AGAGUUAGUUGUCACUACUACUACUGACUAUAGACACCUCACAGCACAGUCCGGGUAGCAGCAGGCCAUACAUAUUUACAGCACGGCCAGAUCAUCAUCAAAUACCCAUCACAUUCUCAUACCUGCCUCCAAUCUGGCUUCAAAUCCCUCUCCGUCGUCAUAACUAUUUACUCCGAGUCUAUUUUCAGCCGUCUCAAUUACACCCAAUCAGCACACACAUUUCCAUAUCGCGAAUAACGAGAGACAACGAUUUUAUUACCCGAGCAAUGAAGAAUAAUUGAGAAGAAAACCCAAUUGCCGUCACACCUCUGUCUCACUGCCACUUAUUACUAUUUUACUACUCCGAUUCCAAUUAGUACUUCUCGUCACCAAGCGGUAAUUGAUUGUCUUGUCGCGUUAACUCGACUCCCAUCCAUCCAUACCACUCAGUCCGUGGAAAGAAGCGGAGAGGAAAGGCUGAGGUGAAUUGUGGAUAUUCACGUGGUGUGCAUAGUAGCAGCAAAACUCGCUUAAUUGCAGAAGUGCAGCAAUAAAAUAGAGACAUUUGCACUCCCCAUAACAAAAAGCAAAAGCCAAACCAGCAGCAGCACCACAACUGAACGCAACAAACAAAACAACACAAACAUUGCUGACUGCUGCUGCUGCUUAAUACAUGUUUAUGUACUUGUUAGUGUGGUGACGACUGCCUAUGUUGCACUUCGACAACUUGGAUGGACGAGAUAUUCCAAGAAAUAAGAAGACCAAAAGUUGUAGUGAGUAAGCAGCAACGAGAGAGCGAGAUACGAGACCAAGUUUUAGAAGUUAGUCAAACCUUGACUGAGACACAACUAACUGGCACUAAACAAAGUUGAACAUUAAGAAAAAAGUUACCGCUUAUGUUUCGUGUGUGUGCCUCGGUACGAAUUAAGGAACUACAUGUGAGGAAGAAAUAUAGUGAAAAUACAGUGACUACCAAUUUCUCUACAAGAUUAAUCCAUUAAAUGGAAAUUGGUGGGCAAUAAGUGUGAAAAAGGGUCAGCAAAUUUAAAACCACGAGUAAACUAUCGCCGAAAAGUGAGGGGGAAGAAAUUCAUAAGAAUUAACUCUUCGUUUUUAGCGAAAACAAUUAAACACAGAUUAACCGAACGUGUAUGUGACCAACCUGCGAAUUAGGGACAAUUUUGCUGUGGGUUGGGUACCAUUAUUAGUCGGUUUACUGUUCAAUUGACCCUUAUUCUCUUGAAGAGACCACUUAUUCCGAGAAAAGCAGCACCACCAAAAACUUGGUUCUUUUAAUAAGUGAAGCAAAAUUAGACUUAUUACAAGUCCAGAACGCUGCGAGGAGAAAGAAGGAGAAGACGACGAUAUGACCAGUUGGACACCAAAAUUGUAACCGAGUGACACUCACCACUCUUGCAAAAUGUUCAAUUACUGUCCCCUCUUCAGAUGAAUGAUAUCGAUUUUAUAAUUAGUUUCAUUCAAUUUGGCGAAAUUUUUCACAAUUGAGAAUUAAUUCGGUCCCAUUUUAAGCAAGCCACACGUGUGGUUGUGGUGAUACAUAAUCAAGCCAGGAAAACAAUUAUCAAUCGAUCUGUGUUUCUUGUGUCGCAGUAUUUAUUGGUUGGACACGGUGAGAAAGGGAAAGUGACAUGAAUGCAUGCAAGACAAGAAGCCAAUCAAUUUAUUUUCACCGAAACAGAGAAUGAAUGGCAAAUUUGGGAAUAAUUUGAAAGCAGAUAACAUAAGUUAUUAAGUCGACGGGACAAGUUGGAGGAAUUGUUUGUAUUAAACGACGUCGACGACGACGACAACGACGAAGCCACAGAGCAUAAUACGAUCGAUAUACGUACGUGAAAGUCAAGUCACACACACACAGUUAUUUUGUCUCAUACAUGAACUAACUACUCUCGUAGCUGGGUUUUUUUACUUUGCGGGUCUACUUUCACCAAGAGAGACGACUUUGCUUUGGUCGUCAGUUGACAUCAGUUGACCACAUUGGGAAAAUCAGGUGUUGACGACGACGAGUAUUAAACUUUCUCCACCGCGACUCAACUCCCACACCUCUUUCACUCGCCGGAAGUGAUCUUCUUUAUUAUUACUCGCAAAGCCCAGUGGCGCAGUUCUUGUGCUGCUGUUCUUGUCCCGUUAAGAUUGCGCUGUCCAGGAUCACCCAUCUGUGGCCCCUUAUGAAAAUGUCCAGCUCUGACUCGAAGGGGGCGUCGAGAGACAGAAUGUCCAGUGAAGACAUCGACAUGGAGCUGGAGGACGAGGAUCCCGAGACGUACAUUGAUACCUCAGACGAAGAUAUUGACGAAGAAGAGGAGGACGUCGAUCUGGAAGAUGACGGCAAAUUGUUGCUCGAGCAGCAGCAGCAAAGACAACGCGAAGCUCUGCACCACCUCCACCAAACCAAUCUUCUAAAGAACAAUAAGACUGAGAAAAAAUUAUCCUUCAGUGUCGCAUCCCUCUUGGGCCAGAAGGAUGAGAAGGACAGUGAUGACAGCAAUACGGACAAAACUUCCUUGAGCCACGAAGAAAAACUUUUAGCCGCAGUUCGAAGAGCAAAUUCCGCCUUCAGCUCAACUUCAGGGACUCCGGAUCACAGUCCGACGUCGUCAAGGUCGUAUUCGUCCCCAAUUUCGCCUCUCACACCCACCUGGGCCCUUCCUCUACUCGGUUGGGGUUACACCUCGCAAGGAAAUGUCCUGCCACCAAGACUACCCGGUCCUGCUGUUCGGUGUCAGCUUCGUAAGCACAAACCGAAUCGGAAACCUCGAACGCCGUUCACCACACAACAGUUGUUAGCACUAGAGAAGAAAUUCCGUGAAAAACAGUAUUUAUCGAUUGCCGAGAGGGCCGAGUUCUCAUCUUCACUUAAUCUCACAGAAACGCAGGUAAAAAUUUGGUUUCAAAAUCGUCGCGCCAAGGCCAAGAGGUUGCAAGAGGCGGAAAUCGAGAAGCUGCGCCUGGCCGCGGCUCGACCCCUCCUGCCGCCAUCCCUCGGAGGCCUCAUGCCCCCCGUGGGACCGGCCGGAAGUCAUUACGCCCUCCUCGCCCGGUCCGCGCAUCUCAACGCAGCGUAUAAUCUCAACCAACUCCUCAACAACAAAAUGUAGUCAGUUUACAUUCAUCAUACAUAAAUGCAAAUGUGGAGUGGAGGUUAAUUUUUCUGGCAUUAUUAUUACGUGGCCUACACGACCUACUUAGAUACUACACAUGAUGACGAUGACGAUGACGACGACACAUCAUCAUCAUCAUCAUUCAUCAUCCACACAUUAAAUCCCCUCCUCCCCCAAUGAUUACCUGUCACGACCCCCUUAAUUACUAUUUAUAUUCUUGUGUGUCGUUCUUCGUGGCCGAUUAUUAAGUAUUGAUAACUGAUCCUCCUCCCCCACUUCUUGUGCGAUAUGUGAUUUUAUUACUGCUACGAUGAAAACUUUCUCAGUUCAGCCGACCCCUUCUUCCUCGUCCUCGCCUCUCCGUGAUGCGAUGAUGCAGACAGUUCUCCUUAUUGUCUCGUGUAAUUAUAUUAUUAUUGCAGUUUUUAGUACAGCAAACAUUUACCAUUUAAAUCUCAGUCACUCACUCAAUAAUAACUCGACACGCGUGGAAACUAAAUCAUCUCUCGGAGGAUGACUUAUUUAAAAAAAUUAGUAUAUUUUACGCCUGUACCAAGAGCGUACCAAAAGAGUGGGGUUUGAAAUAAAUGCCAAAUACAGUUAAUUACUUAAUUAAUUAAAUAAAACUCUACUCUCCUACGCUACGGUACGCUAAGUAAUUUAGUGGGUAAAACUAUUUUAGUCAGUAUUUAUUCUAACGAGUGUCGUAGAUCAGGAGGAGGUAUAUAAAUACUAAAAUAAUAAUGUUAUAAUUGUUCAACCCACUCGGCAGGAUUGUUUUUGUACGGAAUGAAAAAGAAAUAUAGAGGGACACGUUUAUUUUUUAAGAAAGGAAUAACAAAAUUCAUGACGGGUUGUUAUUCGUGUCAUUUACUUUUAUUUUACGGAUCCCCCCAAAAUGAGGGCCAGUCAGUCAGGAUACAUUCAGUCUUUUUUUUCGUGGUAGCCAAAAUUCAUUACAAACUAGGAACAUAUUUCAAUAACGCGUAUCAAUUUGCCUCACCAUCAUCGUACUUGAAUUGAGCACUCUGUGUCUCAUGUUUCGAUUGAUUCCAUACUAUUUUUUCGUCAAUUCAGUUUCUCCCCCAAAAUUAUAAUAUUUAGCAAAACUGUUCAGACUGUAAACUCCUCGACUUAAAAGAAAUCUAUGACGUAUAAUUAUUAAGGCUAUUAAAUACUUAUGAAGAAAGUUCCAAUCCCACCCUAUCCAAUAAUCUACCCACCCAACCAACCACCCACCCACCCACCAAGCAUACUAAGAAAUACCGUACCAUGGCAAAGCAAGAGAUGAAACCGUUUGAGAUGUAGAACGAAUAAUAGCAAAAAAGUUGUUAAAAUGGAAAAUACCACAAGUACUACGCGCGCAAUAUUUAUGUAGCAGGUCAGAUAUUAUAUGUAAGUAUGAUGAGGAUGAUUAUUGUUAUGAUUCAUGAUGUGAAAAUGAAGAGAAACCGUUUGUUUGUACGUUAUGGAAAUGUCGACGAGUUGUUGCAAAAAUUUAAAAAGCAACAGAAAAUAAAAGAGAAAGAAUACCCAAUGA